AUGGCACCUGUGAAGCCUAGAAGGGGUCGUUCCAAAUAUGGUUUAAUGAGGAGCCUCUCCUACUCUCCACCCUCGAGCCUGAAAAAUGGACAAGAUCUGGACUCCUGUGCCACUCCUGAAGGUGUAACUGUGGAAACGGAGAACAGAGAUCCUCAAGAAGUAGGGUGGGAAUCUGAGAGCCGUGAACCACCAGGAACAGCCCUAAAGCAGAGAAACAGAAAACAGCAGCUGAGGAGCAGGACGAAUCGGUUGAAGAACCAUCUAUGGGAACUGGACCCCGAGAGUCUGAAGAGGCGAUUGUGGAACCUGAGGGGAGAGAACCAGUACCCCCCAAUCCCAGAAACGCCUCAGGAGUACCAGUGUGCCGAUCAGCGUUGUUGGAUGUGCGACGAUUGUGAGACACCAUGGCCAUCCAGCCCUACAGAGGCUUACUUAAGGGAUGUAAGCGUUACAUCAGCAGCCGAAGGUGAGGAGGAAUGUAUGGAUAGUGGUAUGGUUACCAAGGCCAUGCCUGAAGAGCUAAAUGAAAAUGUGGAGGUUCCCAAGAUGGCCAGGAACUUUGAGAACAUGCAUCUUGGCGAUGUCAACCUUUCCUGUAUCACAUGUGUCUGUGCUGAAAACGAUCAAUAAAAGAAUUUUGUUUGAAAAAA